GGACCGCGAGGACCUCAGCACCCUGCGCUUCUCGGUGCUUGCCAAGGACCGAGGCACCAACCCCAAGAGUGCCCGAGCCCAAGUGGUGGUGACCGUGAAGGACAUGAACGACAAUGCCCCCACCAUUGAGAUCCGGGGUAUAGGGCUGGUGACUCAUCAAGACGGGAUGGCUAACAUCUCAGAGGACGUGGCAGAAGAGACAGCUGUGGCCCUGGUGCAGGUAUCUGACCGAGAUGAGGGAGAAAAUGCAGCUGUCACCUGUGUGGUGGCAGGUGACGUGCCCUUCCAGCUCCGCCAGGCCAGUGAGACGGGAAGUGACAGCAAGAAGAAGUACUUCCUGCAGACCACCACCCCGCUCGACUAUGAGAAGGUCAAAGACUACACCAUUGAGAUUGUGGCCGUGGACUCUGGCAACCCCCCACUCUCGAGCACCAACUCCCUCAAGGUGCAGGUGGUGGAUGUCAAUGACAACGCACCUGUCUUCACCCAGAGCGUCACUGAGGUCGCCUUCCCAGAAAACAACAAGCCAGGUGAAGUGGUCGCUGAGGUCACUGCCAGUGAUGCCGACUCAGGCUCCAAUGCUGAGCUGGUUUACUCUCUGGAGCCUGAGCCGGCUGCCAAGGGCCUCUUCACCAUCUCACCUGAAACUGGAGAGAUCCGGGUGAAGACAUCCCUUGACAGGGAACAGAGGGAAAGCUACGAGUUGAAGGUGGUGGCAGCCGACCGGGGCAGCCCCAGCCUCCAAGGCACAGCCACCGUCCUUGUCAACGUGCUGGACUGCAAUGACAAUGACCCCAAGUUUAUGCUGAGUGGCUACAACUUCUCAGUGAUGGAGAACAUGCCGGCGCUGAGUCCAGUGGGCAUGGUGACGGUCAUUGAUGGGGACAAGGGGGAGAAUGCCCGGGUGCAGCUCACGGUGGAGCAGGACAAUGGUGAUUUUGUCAUCCAGAACGGCACGGGCACCAUCCUCUCCAGCCUGAGCUUCGAUCGGGAGCAGCAAAGCACCUAUACCUUCCAGCUGAAGGCAGUGGACAGCGGCGUCCCACCUCGCUCGGCUUACGUUGGCGUCACCAUCAACGUGCUGGAUGAGAAUGACAAUGCACCCUUUAUCACCGCCCCUUCCAACACCUCCCACCGGCUGCUGACCCCCCAGACCCGUCUGGGUGAGACAGUCAGCCAGGUGACAGCUGAGGACAUUGACUCUGGUGUCAACGCUGAGCUGACCUACAGCAUCGCUGGUGGCAACCCUUACGGACUCUUCCAGAUUGGGUCACAUUCUGGUGCCAUCACCCUGGAAAAGGAGAUUGAGCGGCGCCACCACGGGCUGCACCGCUUAGUGGUGAAGGUCAGUGACCGCGGCAAGCCCCCUCGCUAUGGCACAGCCUUGGUCCACUUGUAUGUCAAUGACACCCUGGCCAACCGCACCCUGCUGGAGACCCUGCUGGGCCACAGCCUGGACACGCCGCUGGACAUCGACAUUGCCGGGGAUCCGGAAUACGAGCGCUCCAAGCAGCGCGGCAACAUCCUAUUUGGCGUGGUGGCGGGUGUCGUGGCCGUGGCCUUGCUCAUCGCCCUGGCCGUGCUCGUGCGCUACUGCCGGCAACGGGAGGCCAAGAGUGGCUACCAGGCUGGCAAGAAGGAGACCAAGGACCUGUAUGCCCCCAAGCCCAGCAGCAAAGUUUCCAAGGGAAACAAAAGCAAGGGCAAGAAGAGCAAGUCUCCCAAGCCCGUGAAGCCGGUGGAGGAUGAUGAUGAGGCCGGGCUGCAGAAAUCCCUCAAGUUCAACCUGAUGAGCGAUGCCCCUGGGGACAGCCCCCGCAUCCACCUGCCCCUCAACUACCCGCCAGGCAGCCCUGACCUCGGCCGCCACUAUCGCUCUAAUUCCCCACUGCCUUCCAUCCAGCUGCAGCCCCAGUCACCCUCCGCCUCCAAGAAGCACCAGGUGGUGCAGGACCUGCCGCCAGCCAACACUUUCGUAGGCACUGGGGACACGACGUCCACGGGCUCUGAGCAGUACUCCGACUACAGCUACCGCACCAACCCCCCCAAAUACCCCAGCAAGCAGUUACCUCACCGCCGCGUCACCUUCUCCGCCACCAGCCAGGCGCAGGAGCUGCAGGACCCGUCCCAGCACAGUUACUAUGACAGUGGCCUGGAGGAGUCUGAGACGCCGUCCAGCAAGUCAUCCUCGGGGCCCCGACUCGGUCCCCUGGCUCUGCCUGAGGAUCACUAUGAGCGCACCACCCCCGAUGGCAGCAUAGGAGAGAUGGAGCACCCCGAGAACGACCUGCGCCCUUUGCCUGACGUCGCCAUGACGGGCACAUGUACCCGGGAGUGCAGCGAGUUUGGCCACUCCGACACGUGCUGGAUGCCUGGCCAGUCAUCUCCCAGCCGCCGGACCAAGAGCAGCGCCCUCAAACUCUCCACCUUCGUGCCUUACCAGGACCGAGGAGGGCAGGAGCCUGCGGGCGCCGGCAGCCCCAGCCCCCCGGAAGACCGGAACACCAAAACGGCCCCCGUGCGCCUCCUGCCCUCCUACAGUGCCUUCUCCCACAGUAGCCAUGAUUCCUGCAAGGACUCGGCCACCUUGGAGGAAAUCCCCCUGACCCAGACCUCGGACUUCCCACCUGCAGCCACACCGGCAUCUGCCCAGACGGCCAAGCGCGAGAUCUACCUGUGAGCCCCCUUCUGGCCGGCCGGCCAUCCCUUCCCCAGCCACCGGCCAGCUCCCAGGAGGGCCCAUGCCAGGGCCCCUGCUCCUGACCCCUCCAGCGUGGCUUCCUGGCCAGGGCCCUGAGUGGGGUGGUUACUGGCCUCAUGACCACGCUGGCCCUUCCCCCAUGCAGGGUCCAGUUCUUCUUCCCUCACUUCAGCCCCCCAACCCUAGGGAGCCCCCUUUUCCCCUUUAUGGGGCUCCCCCCAGCUGAUGCCCAAGAGGGCUCCUCUACAAUGACUAGGCUCUGGUCCCUCGACUUCCAGGGAUCACCACCUCACUUUGGGCAGAUUGUAGAGUCAAGGGUGGGCAGCACACUUUUAACUCAUUGUGUCCCACAUGGCCAACGAGGGUGAGCAUAGGAUGCCCCCAUUCCAGCCCUGCAGCAGGGCUGAACUGGGGAGCCCCUCUCCCUGGGAACUCCCAGAGGAAACUCUUGACUGCCAGGGGCUCCCUGAAGGGCUGUUGUUACCAAAGGUGGGGUGGGAUGGCGGUGGGAGUGGGGCAGAGGCCUUGUCUUCCUGUACUGCGCCUGGGCUGGCCCACCUGCCUGCCGCAUGCCCAUGCCUGCCCAAGGUCCCAUCCGGGCCCCCCCCUUCCCACUGGUCAUGCAGUGUCUGUAUAUAAGGACCUUGGAAUGACGUCCCCA